AUGAAUCAAGAAGUGAAAUUCUUAGGAAUUGCCCACACUUCUUUUAAAACAGUACCAGAAGUACCAAGAUGCGCAAAAGAUUGUACAGAAGAGAGUACGGUCACUUUUUAUCCAGAAUAUUCUGAUUGUUUAGUUGGUUUAGAAAAUUUUUCUCAUGUUUUUGUUUUCGCAUGGAUGCAUCAAUCGGACCGCGAUUUACAACUUGUUAGACCACAUUUCGGAGCAGCAAAGAAAGAUAUUGGCGUUUUUGCAACUAGAUCUCCAGCAAGACCAAAUCCAAUUGGCAUGACUCUUGUUAAGGUCAACAAAAUAGAAGGAAUUACGCUUUAUGUUACAGGUCUCGAUCUUUUAGAUGGAACGCCUAUUAUUGAUAUCAAGAAAUACGAUACCACACUUGAUACUCCCGAUAUGUAA